AUGGCUUCCCUGCCAGUGGUCUCAGCCCUGGAGAGUGGACCCACUGUGUGGCGCCCAUGCGUGGCAUUUCUCUCCUCGGCCGGUGGAAGCGAAACGCUGCAGGUGCUUUCAGCCCAGAAGAUCGCACGGCUCGCACGCGGCUUUCACGCCAUCCAUGGAAAGGAGGAACGAGAAGCUUUUCAACGUGCGAUCCAAGACAUUUUCGUGAUACAUUUGCCACCCCAUGGCCUUUCAGCCGUGUGGCGGCAACUGUGCAUGGCCGUCGUGUCGGUGCAACUUUGGCUUGGAGAAUGGACGCCCAUCGGUCUGCAGUCUUUGCAGCUGCCAAUGGCUGUGCUGAAGGAACUCUUGGCACUUCCCGCCUAUUUGCUUUUUGAUGAUGGUGCUCUUCCAUUGGACUCUGUGCGCUUGUGGCGGCAAGGGGCUCAAACCAUGGUGAACUCCUGUGAGCAGGUCUUUGGAGCCUUGUUGGGCCCAUUAAGCUCGGGUGAAUCCCUGCAAGUCGUGGCUGGCUGGCUGAAAGGAGCCAGAGUGGCCUUGGAGUGGCUGGAGGAGACAGAGACCUCGCCGGCACUCAAGGCCUUGGAAGAUCAGAAGGUGAAACUGCUGAUGCUUGCUCAGGCCUUUCCUGAAGAGGCUUGCGAGGUGGCGCAGCAAUUGGCGAGAUGGCCUUUGUAUGACGCCCAGGUUUGGCCCUUGUUGCGUCCCCUGCUGGAUCUCUUAUUGCCCCUGUCGGCUCGCCAACCUCGCUUGGUGCCUUUGCUGCCAGUCUUGGUCGAUUUGGCUGCGGAUCGCUGGCCACGGGCAUGUUUGGAAGUGCCAGAUGCCUUAAACCUCCAGGAUCUUGCUGUGGCCACCUUAAGCUUUGUGAAUUCCAGUGAUGCAGACGCAGCCUUGGGAGCGUGGCAAAGCUUCGCGGCCACGGUGCUCGAGGGAACCAUGGAGUGGGAAGACGAAGCUGAGAGGGGCUAUGGAUGCCAUGCUGAGUGGUGGCCACAUGAGGAGGCUUUGACAUCACCCAUUUUGCCAGAGAUGUUUGGGCUCCUGGCGCAGGAGCUUUUACGGUCCUUGAGGCUUCCUUCAGUGGAGGCCGCCCUCGCUCCGACCGAGCCACGCGCCGCUGCACAGAAAGCUGUCGCCGUGUGGGCCCGGCUGGUGGGCGAUUCGAUGGCCUGGCAUUCCGCCACCUGGGCGCCGCUGGAGCUCUUGGCGCAGAAGCUUAGGCAUGUGACCACGAGCGAUUCCUUGGCCCAGGAGGCCGAGGUGGUCCUUUGGUUCUCCUACACACUGGCAGCCAGCUGGGAAGGCGCCCCCGCAGCUGGAUUGCUGCUGGCUUUGCCACUCGAUAGCUUCUCGCCUGCCUGGCGUUCCCUGGUCUGGAUGCAGGCCAGUUGUUUAGCUUCGACGGGCCCUCCGGAGCUGUCCUUGCGCUUGGCGGAGUGGAUCUUGGAGCGGCCACCUGAAGGUCCCUGCGAGCUCUUGGAGGUCGUGGAGUCCCCAUGGGCCUCGAGCCUGGAGAGGACGUGCCGGCGGCUCCCAACGACCGCGCAAGGUCGGGACUCGCUGGCGGAGAAGGUCUUGCGCUUGGCUUUGCAGGUGCCAAGCUCUCUCCACCCAUACAGCGCAGAAGCCAAAGGACGACUCUUGCAGGCGUUGGGUCAUGUGAUGCGCCCUGACCUGGAUCGACUGUGCUCAGCGUUGAGCCGGGAGGUGCUUCCUCGGCUUUGCGGGAGCGUUCAGGCGGACACCUCCAUGAGCUGGUUAGCCUUGAGAAUGAUCCUAGCCAUCAUGCACUCGGUGCUGAAGGCAUCGGCAGACGCUCAGUGUGAGCAGACACUCAGUGCGCCCCUGAGUCUUUGUCGUGCCCAUUGGCGAUUCUUGGAGCUCUCAAUGCUUCGGGUGCCCUGCUCCUUUGACACUGCUUCAGGCCGGCUACAACCUUUGGCUUCUGCGAUGGAGGUGAUUUCAGCCGCAUGCGCGGUACCGUGCUUGCUGCAGGAAGCCCUCACAUUGCUGAUGCAGAGUGCGCGGGAGCGGGGGGCACAUGGGCUUGAGACCUGCUUGCACACCUUGGAGCAGGUGCUUCGAAGUUUGCCGGGUACGUCUCUGGAAGAGCCACCAGCCGUGAACGCUUUAGUGCAAACCAUUCAUGUGAUCACUGAUCUUGCCAUGACACUGCCAGAAGCCUUGCAAGACCCCGCUGUGGUGAAGGCUCUCUAUUCUUUGUGGACUAGGGCUUUGGCACUGGCACGUGGGCAGGCAUGUGGCGGCUUGCUGCGUAAAAGCUUGUUGGCCAAUUUGACUCUUGUUGAUAAGCUCUUGAAACUGCUUUGCAUCACUUUGCCACUAUUUGCAGCAGAUGUUCUGCUGCGGUGGCUCACAUUGCUUCUGCCAAGAAGUGCCACUGACAUCCAGGCUGUCACAGACGUGCUCGUGAACCAGCUGCCCAGUCUUUGCAAGUCCGUGUGCACGGCCUUAAUUGAACAGGGGUCAUUGACCAAGUGGGACUCGGGUUUUCUGGACGCUGCCGAGUUUCUCUACCUGGCUGCCGACACCUUGGCCAACUUUCCCAUGGCCUUCUGGGCCAGCCUGGAGGGCAUCGAGUGGCUGCCCCCAUGCAGCCGCCAACAGGUCUUCCAGCACGUGGAGCGGCGUCAUGAGUGGCCUAAGCGCUCUUUAUGGAUGACCACGCUGCAGCAGCUUCUGCAGGACUGCCAGCAGCAGAACUUCCAGCAGUCCAGCAAAGAUACUGCCCAGAGGACCCGGAGCUCGUGGGCUCCGCGCUGUUGUCCGGUGGUGGGGCCAGUUCGAUCGUCCUCUUUGUACAGCCUCCAGCUCAGCCUGGCAUCAGCCUGGCGCCGCUAUGCGCCGCUAUUCGCCAUGGAUGCAAUGACGUCACACUUCCUUCUGCGCCUGGAGUACGCGCUGCUGUCCAUCGAGCCCACUGUGCUGCCCAAGGUGGAUGGCCUACCACAGGAGACCAAGGCCGAGGCCGAGUCACUCCUGCGGCUCUUCAACGCUGCGCGCAGCGGGCGGGUCGCCGAGAUGUGGCAGGAGGAGCAAAUGCGCCCCAUGGCUGAGUGCCUCACGCGCGCCAAGGUGGAAGUGGCCCUAUCAGCCGGCGGUGUUGAAAGACUACAAGCCGAUCUGCUCAGUGUUUGCCACAGCUUCGGCUCUACGCCGCUGCUUCGCCAUGCACUGCUAGCACUGGCAGUGGCCUCCUUACAACACUUUUUGAGGGCCAACUGGACAGGGCCGCCAGAAGAGGCCGAUGAUGCUCGAUUGCCCUUUCAUCCUUCAGCCGUGGACGAGGAAGCUCAUCGUGCGAUCCUCGCAGCCUUGGAAGUCGAUGGCGAAGCGGUCUAUGAACUUCUUGCUUGCCCGGGGUAUUUGUGGCUGGCGGCUGUGCUUCUAGGCCUGGCUGGAUCUGAGAAUCAGGUGGGAUCCGGUGCCACCGUGCCCUUCUGGCGCGCUCGCUGUGCCUUCGCCUGGCAGCUCAGCGUCGCCGAUGCCUCGGAGCGUGGAAGUGGGCAGUGCCCACACCUCUUCCAGGCCUCUGUGGCAGACCUCCUGGGCGAACCGGGCGAUAGCACCAGCCCUUUGGCCACUGGCUUCUUCAAUCGCCAGACACGUGCGUCUCUCCAGAAUGCCGCCGCACCACUGCUGCGAAGCUACAAGAGGGGUGCUCGGCCACCGAUUGAAGGGAGCCCUCAGGUGAUUGCUGAAGAGGAGGCAGCUGAGGAGGGUGAUGCAUUGGAAGCGAUGCUGGGGGUCUUUGAUGCACCGGAGGACGUGUCAAACCCAUUGGUCAACGCUCCAGAAGCUAUCCGCGCAUGCAUCAUGGUGGAGGUCGCCAAUCGCCUUUGCUGGUACAGCCGCUUAAAGGUGUGGCCACUUUGCUCCCAGGCAGCCUGUGAGGCGAUGGGCUUCAGCUACGAGCUCACCGGCGUGUUGGGCACCAAACGGGAGCAUCAGAUCACCGAGUUCGCGCAGCUGGUGGUGAAGACCCAGACCAAAGAGAAGCUGAAAGGCAUUGAGGUGGAGGAAUUGGAUGGAAAAGCACCAGGGACCUUGAGUUUAAAGGCCGUGGAUGAUCUGACAGACGUGCUGGAAACGCCUAAGCUCUCGACUUCGUUGUCUGAAGAGGAGCGUCAGCAGAUUGAGAGGCCCCUUAAAGCGGCAGAGCAACUCAUCCUCCUGUCUCGCUGUCAUUAUGUGUGGGCCUCGAGCAAUCCCAAUGAUGAGAUGGUUUUGCAGGAGGUCAAUGCGCUAGCGCAGCGAGUGCUGAAGAAGCAAGAUCAACCACGCGAAGAGGAGGCCGCCGAGGGCCCAUUGUUCACAGUGAAUUGGUUGACCUUCAGCUGUGGGCUGUGGUUUCGAUGCCGCGCAGAGCACCACCGCAACAAAACCCGAGAACGAGCGGCCUUCCAGCUCCAAUCAUUGGUGGAUCAAUUCAUGGACGAGAAGCCUUCAGCAGCACACCGGCUGCGGAUGGCACAUAGCUGUGGCUAUCCUGCACGUUUUCACCUUCAACAUGAGGUGGCCACCCGCAUGAUGCGGAUGGGAAUGGUCAGCACAGCUCACGAGCAAUUCAAGAAGCUUCGCAUGUGGCCAGAAGCGGUGGAGUGCUUAAUCAUAGCAGAGCGAAAUGUGGAAGCAGAGGAUAUGCUCAAGGAACUCAUCGAGAAGCAUCCAUCACCAAGGCUUUGGUGCUGCUUGGGGGAUGUGAUGAAAGACCCACAGCACUAUGAGACUGCCUGGGAGCUUUCCAAGAAACGUUUUGCCCGAGCACAGCGGUCUCUCGGAAGAUACUACUUUGACAAGAAGCAGAUUGCGAAGAGUGUGGAGGCCUUCAAGCUGGCCCUGGACAUCAACCCUAUGUAUGAGGGCAUCUGGUUCACUUUAGGUGUUGGGCUCAUGCAGCUGGAGCGCAUGGAUGAAGCCAUGGUCGCUUUCUCGCGUGUUUUGGCCAUCAACGACGAGGAGCAAGACGACGACAUAUGUUGGGUUUGUCCUGGUCCUGGUCCUAUUUUAUACCUGUAA